AUGAUUGAGACUGUGAACAAGCUACGGCAACUUGCGCGUGAGAAUGCGGAGGAUUUGCCGAAAGUGUCACUAGCUGGCGAGGGAGUGGAAAGUGGAAUAGAAACGGACACAAGUGGUGCCAAGGGAAUUCCACUCAAUUCGGAUCGAGCUGUCCCUGCCCCAUCGUCCAUCCGAGAUGUAGAUCCUCGCUUGACAAGCCGCAAGAUUAACGAUGUUGCCGAUGAGAGUGACCUGCGACAGCGAGUGCUUACAGAUGGCAGCCCUCUGUCCCAAACGAGCGACAGUCUCAAGAAGCUGUUGACAACCGUUAAGAGGACCGCCGAACUAGCACUUAGUCAAGCCGUUGCGGCUGGAGGAGCUGAGACUGACGACAUUCUUAUGCAAAAUAUGAAGCUAUUAUGA